AUGGACGCCCUCACCCGCCUCCACCGCUCGCUCGCCGGCGGCGACGACGAAGAGGGGCAAGAGGACGACCUUCUCGGUGACACCGAAGACCUCUGCUCCCUGUCCCCUCUCCAGCGGCUCUACUACUUUGCGGCGUGCCUGGCUACUGGACUCGUCCUCAUGAUGCUGUCACUUAUUGUUUUCGCCAGACCUAUCAAAUUCGCCAUCAUGUUCACAUUUGGAAACAUAAUGGCAGUUGGCAGCACAGUCUUUGUAAUGGGGGUGAAUAAACAGCUGAGGAUGAUGUUUGACCCAGUUCGCGUUUAUGCUACAGCUAUUUAUGGUGGAUGUGUUGUUUUUGCUCUAAUUUUUGCUCUUUUGCUUCAUGACAAGUUGCUAACAUUGAUUGCAAUCAUCUGUGAGAUCUGCGCCCUCUUUUGGUACAGCUUGAGCUACAUCCCCUUCGCUCGACGAAUCGUUUCCGACCUGAUGGUGAAGCUCUGCGACACUGAACUAUGACCUUACACUGGACACUGGUCAUUCUCAACAUGCCUGGGCACCUGAAAUCAGAGAUCUGCUCAUCUCCACCGCCCCUGCAGUGCAAGUCUGUCACCCAUUUCCCUUUUGUUGA